CCUGUCUGAAUAUAUAUAUCCUCCAGACACGUGCUACCACGAACCUGAAUGUAGAAUCCUUUAUACACACACACACACACAUAACAGCUAUGUAUCGAUGUGUUUAGACUUUAUUUUUAUUAAAACAGUAACAGUUAGAAUAUAAGAUGCAUCCUUUAAAGAGGAAGAAGAGCAAAAGGACCCACGGAGUCACGGCAAAGCGAAAUGCUGCUCGCUGGAAACGUGGACAGAGUUGUACAAGCAACCCGACUUUCAGAGAACAUCGCGACAGAGUCGGACAGGGCUACACAAAAGGUAACAGUGGAUUAACGGAAGCUGCCGUUGCCAAAUUGAAUGCCGCCAACAGCUGCAGAAUGGAUAUUACUGAUAAUGAUAAUGCCAGCAUUGGGAAAUCCACUUAUCAGACAUUUGUCACAAACUUCACUGAAUGUACAAAUACAACGUUUGGAAAUGUGCACAGGUUGAGGGCAAACAGUGAUGCUGUCAGCAAAGAGAUUGCUGCCGUGCUUGCUGCUGUCACUGAAGUGAUCAAAGAAAACGAUGGUAAAGAAACGGACACUGAGUACUUUGCAGCUUUGGUCACGGCUCUUGACACAAUGGACAUUGAGGAUGGACUCACAGCCACACUUUAUCUUCUCGGUGUUGUGAUCAGCAAGGUCCCUGAUGCUGUCCUCAUCAACCGAUUCUCCGAAGUAUCCAAGAAAUUGCUGGACAUCCUUGUCAAACAUUCUGAUGGUGACAAUACAUCAAUGGUUAAAUCUCUGCUGCGUUGUUUAUCAUAUUUGCUGUGUGCACAGACUGCAUCAGUGUGGGAGCUGUCAUCUACCCAACAGAUCUAUCUUAGUGUGUUGGCCUUUAUUACCCACAAGAAGCCAAAGAUACGAAAGCUGUCACAUGAAUGUGUUGAGAAGAUUCUGAAGAAGAGUGCCAUAAUGAAGUCUGACAAACCUCCCAAUUGCCAUCCUAUGGCGCCUCCCACUGCAAAGCAUUGCAUUAAGAAAAUUGAAGAGUCUGGUGGUGGCUCUGAUGCCGUCAGCACCCUUCAUGUCCUGAUGCUGGUCAAGCAAAUCUUUCCUGUCCUGGCUCAAAGUGACAUCCAGGCCUUGUGCGAAGCUAUCCUGAAGGUCAUGACCCUUGCCACACCGUUGGUCGUGGCUUGCUCCAUGCAGUGUCUUUAUGGAUUGGUCAGUGUCGAUCCGAGUUUGGGGAAUCUCGGAAGCCACCUCAAUGCUCAGCUAAUCACAGCUCUGUAUGAUUACCAGCCAUUAAUGACCGAUGUUCAGCCGUCCUGUGCUUGGAUGACUGUUAUGGAGAAGUCUAUUAUUAAUCUGUGCAAGCAAGACAUUGAGUUGGGCCAAAACCAUCUUCCAAAACUGGUCUCCACAUCCAUGAAGUACCUCCUGGUGGAAAACCCUGAUGUGCAACAGACUGCAGCUGAUGCGUUACAGAACGUCUUCAAAGAAUGUGUCUCAAGACUUGUUGAGGCAAAGCCAUCAUCUUCCACGACAGACAAAGAGAACGUUAACCCAUCUUUGCAACAGGUUGUCAAAACAGCAUCCACUGGAUUGAACUAUCAAUACCACACUGCCUGGAAACAUAUUAUUUCUGUGUUGACUGUCAUGUUAGAGGUUGCUGGAGGUCAUUAUCCAGAUUUAAUGAAGCCAGCUCUUAGCUCUUUGUCCAACAUGCGUGACUCCCCUGACUUCAAGUUCAAUUCUGAAAUAGACCAGGCUAUUGGCAGCGCUAUCAAAUACAUGGGUCCAAAGAACGUAUUGGAGAUCAUACCACUACAAGUGACAGGUGAUGGUCGUGAUCUCGAUUUCCCACGCAGUUGGCUGGUCCCAGUUUUGAAGAAAUACAUUUCAAACACGGAACUGGAAUUCUUCCGGACAUACUUCAUGCCGCUCUCAAAGAAACUGCAGGAUAAAAGUAUCCAAUAUGAAGCUGAAGGAAAUACUGUAGCUGCUAAGACAUAUGGCACUCUUGUGGUACAGUUCUGGAGUCUACUGCCCAGUUUCUGCAACAACCCUACAGACUUAAAAACGUCCUUUAGAAAUAUUGCCCGUUCUCUUGGCAGUGUUGUAAACGAUAGGCCUCAACUGCGGACACCUGUACUCUCUUCCUUGCGUAAGCUGAUCUACACCAACCUUGAGAACGAGGAAAACCGUAAUGAACUGGCUCACUUUGCCAAGAACUUCCUCCCCAUCUUGUUUAAUCUCUACACCCAGUUCUCUGCCGACGAUAGCAAAGACCCAUUGCGUUUGACCAUCUUUGAGACCGCCAGAGCCUACAUUCGGAUUACCCCAACUCAGCUUCUUCAACAAUAUAUCGACACAUCCAUGAAACAGAUUGAAGAAAAAAAUGAUGUCCAAAGGUGUAUCCUGCUUGAUCUCUGCAUCUUAAUGGCAUCAUCAGCAAACAAUGACCAGGUGAAGUCUCUCUUCCAGUUGGCAUCAUCAAACUUAAAGUCCUCCUAUCAUAGCCUCCAGAAGAAAUGCUAUCGUCUCUUGGAGGAGAUCUUUGGAAACCCUUCCGAAGCUUCUGUGCAGUUUGUGAAUCAAGAAUUGACCCCCAUCAAGGAAUUGCUGGUCACUUCUCUCUCCACCUCAGCUUUAUCCUCAAAAGGACCACGUUUGCGAUGUCUGCUCCAUGUGGUGAAAAAGUUGGAAAAAAGUGAGAUGGAUUUUAUCCAAUCAAUCAUCCCUGAGGCCAUUCUCUGUACACGUGAAACGGGAUCCCGAGCCAGGCGUGCUGCUUACACUCUCUUGACAGAAUUGGCUUCUACAAUGAUCCGAUGUGCUGAUAAAGAUGCUGAACAAUCAACCAUCCUGACACAAUAUUUCCAUCUAUUAUUUGCUGGUCUCGGUGGAACUCCAGUUUUUAUCUGUGCCUCCCUGCAGUCCUUAUCCUGCGUCAUUUUUGAUUUCAAAGAUGAUGUGACUCCAGACCUCAUAGAAAACUUUGUGGAGCAUUGCUGUGUACUGCUAAUGUCAAGGACACACGAGAUUGUGAAGGCAACACUUAGCUAUUUGCAGGUGUUACUCACCUGUUUCUCUGACUUGCAGCUGGGGCCUUACCUGGAAAAAAUAAUGUCCACCUUGGUAGUGAUGAAAGAUGGAGCCAAGCAACACUUCCGCUUCAAGACAAAAAUGGUUUAUACAAAACUGAUCCGCAGAUUCGGGUACAAGGCGAUCUACGACCUUUCAUCGGACAGUAUCCGGAAGGUGUUGACAAACAUCCAGAAGUUAAAGAAGAACAAGAAGAAGAAGAAAGAACAGAGUGGCGAGGUGGAGGAUGAUAAGACAGAAGAGAAAGACGUGGCUGCUCCAGCUCAGAGCAUCGAAGACAUUCUGACCGCUUUUGACUCCGACAAUGAAGAGGACGAUGACAACAGUAGCAAGAAGAAGAAGAAGAAAAAGAAAAAGAAAGGUGACAAAUCUAAAGAGGAGACGACGACGGCAUCUGGUGCGGCAUGGCUGAAGGAGAACACUGACGAUAACAUAACGGAUUUCAUGGACGUCAGUGCUGCAAGAAGCAUAAGCACGACCAAACCCUCCAAACCUGGGAAAUCUCAACAGACAAGCCGGUCGUCAUCCAAAUUUGACCUUGCCCCUGAUGGCCGAUUGCUCAUUAAUCAAGAAGACGAUGAUGAUGAAAAAGAUGCUGGUUCCAGUGACGGUGAAGAUAGUGCAGAAGAAGUUCUUAAAUCUAUGGCAUCUAAAAUGAAGUCUGAUCAGAGCAGGAAACGGAAGCGUCCUAGCGCAGAUGAUACCGAACACAGUGAAUCCAAAUAUGUCGCUGGUGGCCAUGGUAUUCAUCGGCCGAAGGCAUCAGCCAGCAAAAGACAAGAGCCGGUCGUGAAUCUUGGAUCUGAAUACAAAUCAAAGAAGGCAGGAGGCGAUGUGAAGCGACAAGGCAAGCCAGACCCAUAUGCUUACAUCCAACUCAAACACACAGACCUCAAUAAAAGAAAACGUUCUAAAGUGAAGGGCAAGUUCAAAGGUUUGUUGGAUGGUGCAAAGAAGGGAGCAACAAAGGGUUUAAAAUUGAAGUCAAAAGGUCGCAAAUGAUCAAAACUGGAGAUUGUGUAUACAAUCAAAUAUAUAUAUAUAAAUAUAUAAUCUUAUUAUUGCAGUUU